AUGAAUCCUGAAGGUUACCCCUGCGAGGCUGCUCCACUGCACGGCGGCAGGUAUGAUGUGUUACCCGUGCAGCCCAUUGCACCAACGAUGGUUCAGUACACCACUCUGAACAUCAACAUUGAGCCGCCGCGAGACCACAUCAUCUGGUCCCUGUGGAGCUUUGUCUACUUAAACCCUUUCUGCCUCGGACUGACAGCGUUCAUCUUCUCUGUUAAGGCUAGAGACCGGAAGGUGGUUGGAGACCUGGAAGGUGCCAGACACUACGGCUCCACUGCCCGCAACCUCAACAUCAUUUCCACCGUGCUGACUUCCAUCGCAAUCUUUAUUUUCUUCUUAACGUUCAAAGAGAUUCUCGAGUUCCUCAUAAAAUUCAGCCACGACUGA